GCGAAACAGCUUGUAUUUUACCGAACCUCGCGGGAAACACUUGUUUCUCAUUCAGUUCAAUAACCGAGCCUGCGUUUUCCUCGCCACAGGUCGAAGUGGCUUCUAUUGGUAUCCAAGUAUUCUUUCCUGCCGGGCAAUCGAAAGCAGGGUUAUUUAUCACAACAACUCGCAGCUAUCAGACACAUCUUGGAGGUAUCAUAGCGGCUGGCGUUUGGUUGAGGAGGUUAUCAGAUUGCCGCUGUUUGCACGAUGUUAUCCCUCCCUGGUGGUCAAUGCUCAGCCAAUGACACAGCGCGGUCUCCGCCCUCUUCCCCGCCACACACGCCGCCUACUGGCGAGACACGCAACUGCAGCUGCUAAUUGUCAGGCCACUCUCCCGAGACAUUCCCUUGGCCCCGGAGUCCCGGUGCCUGCUGCCCUCUGCUGGCGGCUGCCGUUAACACAGGGGCGAGUUGUCGCCGCCUGCUGGCAGCCGCCGGUAGCUCCGGUUGUGGAACAUUCUCUCAUUUCCUGGGUGGCGGGAGGAGCGGAGCAGCGCGAUGGCCGACAGUAGCGCCGCCGAGAACCACCGCAUCAAAAGCUUCAAGAACAAGGGCCGCGAUGUCGAGACGAUGAGAAGGCACCGAAAUGAAGUUACAGUGGAACUAAGAAAGAACAAAAGAGAUGAACAUCUACUCAAAAAAAGAAAUGUACCGCAGGAAGAAAGUUUAGAAGACUCUGAUUUGGAUGGAGAUUUUAAAGCACAAAAUAUAACAUUAGAUGCCAUCCUUCAGAAUGCAACAAAUGAAAAUCCAGUUAUUCAGCUGAGUGCUGUGCAAGCUGCAAGGAAGUUGCUAUCGAGUGAUAGAAAUCCACCAAUUGAUGAAUUAAUAAACUCUGGUAUCCUACCUGUGCUAGUCCAAUGUCUUGAAAGAGAUGACAAUCCAUCCCUUCAAUUUGAAGCUGCUUGGGCAUUGACUAAUAUAGCAUCCGGGACUUCAGCACAAACUCAAGCAGUAGUUGAAGCAAAUGCUGUACCUCUCUUUCUGCGAUUACUCCACUCCCCUCAUCAGAAUGUUUGUGAACAAGCUGUCUGGGCUCUAGGAAACAUCAUAGGUGAUGGUCCUCGGUGUAGAGAUUACGUCAUCUCACUGGGAGUUGUUAAACCUCUUCUGUCCUUCAUCAAUCCCUCCAUUCCCAUCACUUUCCUUCGUAACGUCACAUGGGUCAUAGUUAACCUCUGCAGAAAUAAGGAUCCGCCACCACCAAUGGAUACUGUUCAGGAGAUUCUACCAGCCUUAUGUGUGUUGAUAUACCACACCGAUAUUAAUAUACUUGUGGAUACAGUCUGGGCUUUGUCCUACCUGACAGAUGGAGGUAAUGAACAAAUACAGAUGGUGAUUGACUCGGGUGUGGUGCCUUUCCUUGUUCCACUUCUAAGUCACCAAGAGGUCAAAGUUCAGACAGCUGCCUUGAGAGCAGUCGGCAACAUAGUGACGGGUACAGAUGAACAGACACAAGUUGUUCUGAACUGUGAUGUACUAUCACACUUUCCCAAUCUCCUGACCCAUCCUAAAGAGAAGAUCAACAAGGAGGCAGUGUGGUUCCUCUCCAACAUCACAGCAGGAAACCAGCUGCAAGUGCAAGCUGUGAUAGAUGCUGGUUUAAUUCCCAUGAUUAUUCAUCAGCUGGCAAAGGGAGAUUUUGGAACUCAAAAAGAAGCUGCAUGGGCGAUCAGUAACUUGACAAUUAGCGGCAAGAAGGAGCAAGUUGAGUAUCUUGUACAGCAAAAUGUAAUCCCACCUUUCUGCAAUUUACUGGGAGUGAAAGAUACUCAGGUAGUGCAGGUUGUGCUUGAUGGACUGAACAAUAUCCUAAAAAUGGCUGGAGAAGAAGCAAGCACAAUAGCAGAAGUGAUAGAGGAAUGUGGAGGUCUGGAAAAAAUAGAAGCCCUGCAACAGCAUGAAAAUGAAGAGAUUUAUAAACUAGCCUAUGAAAUAAUUGAUCAGUACUUCUCUGGUGAUGAUAUUGAUGAAGAUCCAAGUCUUCUUCCUGAAGCAACUCAAGCUGGAACUUUCAAUUUCGAUCCAUCAGCGAACCUUCAAACGAAGGAGUUCAAUUUCUAAGCUGAGAAGAUGCUGUAGCUUCCCUGUCCCUUGCCUACCCAAAACAGCAAAAAAAUUCACCAAGCAGGAGUGUGAUGGAGGCUCGAGAGACAUCUGCGCAUCUCAUUUGAUGCUUUUUGAAAAGUCUAAUUAUCAAUCACUCAGCAAUUGCCAAAAUCUGCUACCACACGGAUUGUUGACACGUGUGCAUGAUUCUUGUGAGCCCAUGAGUAACUAUCAUAUCAGAAAACAAGAGUAAUCCCAACAUCGCCUGUGAUUCUACCUUUUCCUCCCUGGUCCCUGAGUCCUGUGACAGUAAUAGCAGUUUCACUUACAACGUUGCACAUUAGACACACAAGAUAGUUGCUCUCUACAUAGAACAGGAAGAUUUCUGAAUGAUUAGGUAUUUAUUAAUGGGACUUGAAACAAGAGUUGGCUUUGACAUGUGAAGUAGGCUUUUUAGAAGACUUUACCUUGUGGCUUACAGUAGAAGGAUUUGGAAAUAUUGUAGAAACACCAUUGGUCAAAGUAGUCCUUGGAUGAAUUGAAAUCAGGAUUUUUAUUUUUCUGGUGACUGCAAAAACGUCUUUUUACCACAAGGAGGUUAAUAUAAAAAAAUCCUGCUUGCAUCCAUGUUAGAUUGUUAAGCUUGCAUUGCCUCUCAGACUAGGCUGGAAACUAAACUUAAUGAAUGGAGCCAAGUUUAAUAAUGACUUCUUAACAGUUUAUGCAAAUUCUAUGAGGAGAAAACCCCUGCUGAUUACUACAACCACUACUAGGAACCUGUGUUUCUUUUUCUCUACCCUGCUCUUUGGAAGUACUUACAGAUGCUGUUCAUGGUGUUUUACCCACACUGCAGUUAUUAUUAUCAAUGUGACUUGAGCCUCUGCUUUAAGCUGAAAGCAAGAUUCGCCCAUAUUUCAUGUUCACAUUUAGAUUUUCAUUCUGUUAGAUAAAUCCAAUUCUGUGUACACAAAAGAAAAAAAACACUUAAAAAUUAAGCAUUUCAUCUACUGAGAAUCUUGCUUCCAACUGUUAGGUGAAUCAGUAUUUUCUUUAAUUUCAGGUUAAGCCAAUCUAGUAGAAAAGUAAAUUGCUGGACUUUUAGUGGGUUUAAACUGUGGAGCUUCCAUGUUUGCAGUGAUACACAGUCUUAGACAGUCUUGCAUCACAUAUUGACCGUUCCUUACUGUGGAUACUGCUGAUGGCUGUGAAUCAACAGCUGUUUUAUUAAAUCUGGUCAUGGACUUGAGUGUUACUGACAAGGAUCUAAAACCACACCUUUUUAUCAGAUGAUUAGAACAUUGAUGAAAUGUAUAAAAAGGAAUGUAAAUCUUUACGGAGAAUGUAACCUAAGCAUUAUAUAAGGCUGUAAAGAGGCUUACAGUUCAGUAUACAUCUGGUCUGUUAACAAUGAAUGCUUUAUUUACAAUAUUCAAGGUGCGUAGAGUGGGUUUUGCGGGUAUCAGGCUAGGUGACUCCAUUCAGGAAUGGGGUUUGUUGCUAUGAUGACUGGGUGUAUAGGUCCCUCCCCUGCCUCUUCCACCCCAGAGUAUUAUUGUAAAGGGACAGCAGAUUGCAUUUGAUUAAUGUCAUUAUCAAGUGUGGGCAGUAUCUACUGUAAUCGAAUUUGAAAAAAUGCAAUCAAAGCUCUGCUGAUAAAUUGUUUUUCAUUGAUGAACAAAAUUGUGCAGGUUUAUAUCCAUCAUAAUACCUUGCCACCAAGACUGAGCCACUUUAAAGAUUACCAUAUCUUGUAUCUUUAAAUGAUACAAGUUCAUAUAAAACUGCAAGAUUUUUACUUGCUAAUAAAACUGUUUUAAUGAUACAAAUAGUGUUUUGGCCUUGUUUAUUUAUAUCCUUUUUAUAAAUUUUAAAUUAAAAUCUCUCUUUAAGGUGGCUCAUUUCAGCUCUUCUGUCUGAAGAAUGAGUUGGAUUUCAUUGUGCCUUUGUUUUUCCUAUAUAUUUUUAUGUUGUAAAAUCUGCUACAUAUGGUAACUGCAUAAUAUUCAUUCGCACAAUAUAGAGUUUAAAAUGUUGCGUGUGUGAUUUACUAUGUGAAAAGAUACAUUAUGCAAAUUAACUAUGGAAUCUAAAACUAAAGCUUUAAAAACUACCUCUUAUUUUAAAGGUCUAAAAGACAAUAAUUCCGCACCCCCUCCAACCACCCCCCACCCUAUCCACACUGUCACUUAAAUUCACUUUCUGAGGUACUUGUUGGUGUCCUGUUGGCAGCCCUGAAGCCACAUGAGACAUUUGGACUUUGCCUAUCCAAUCCUCCAAGCUGCUCAAUUAAAUCCUACUUGCAGUUAUCUGGAUAUUUGAAAAGGGCUGUCUUUAUGAGUAACUCAUCUUUAGAAAAUGCUUAUCCAAAUUAACAGGAACUUCCAUUUAAACAUUAUUAUUAGUCUGAAAGGCUCCAUAGUAUGUAUUCAGUAGGACCAUGAAGAUUGAAGCAUAGUAACCUCUGAUAAUGAAGGUCAGCAAAUUUCAGAGAGGAAAGAGAUCAUGUAUAUUUUACUCACAUGGUGUAAGUAUUUUGUUUGUGUAAGGUUCCUGUCAUGGACUUAAUUACACAGGGAAAUGCAGAAUGUUUGGGAUGAUUAGUUACAUGCCAACGGAAAGACUUGGGUUUUCCUUUACUACUUGGGCUUUCGUUUUCGUUUUAUAUAUUUUGGAGGAUAAGUUUGACUGUGCUGCUUCCAGCUACCAGAUGGACUGGAGUAUAUUUGUUAGGGACAAACAUAUGUGCCACAUGCUUAAUGUAGAGAAUCCACACACAUGUAGCUUUUUAGAGAUUGUAGAGGAAUGCCAGUGUUAGGCCUGACCUUUUUAUUUUUGCAUCUCUGAACAUGCAAGGGUUUGUAAGUUAUUUAAAGUCAUUAAAAUAAUUUUACUAAUUUCCUUAAUUCCAUUAGUGAUUUUUUUUAAGCAGCAAUGUUUUAAAAUGACAUUGCCAUCUAUAGAGAAUGGACAUAUCAUCAACUUCUCUUACUUACUCCCCAUUUUGCCACUGGCAUUUAGGGCCUCAGUGAAGGUCCUUCAUCUCUGCUGGUGUUCUGGGCUUCCUUCAUCAUGUCAGAAGCUCCUUCUCAGUUUGCGUUACCGUCAGUCAUGCAAGUCCCGGUUGGAGACUCAGGAAUACUGUCGCACUCAGAUAUAGAAGGAUUCUUCAUUGCUGUUUCUGUAACAAUUUUGUUUUACCUGUCAGAAUUGUUAGCCCUGAGCAGAAUCCCAGAAGCUGAAGAACUGGUGGACCACUCUUAGUCUGACCUCUACCCUUUGACCUGCUUGGCAUGGGUGACCCUACCAAGAGCCAAAGCAUAAAGCCCUGACUUCAGCCAACACAGCUCUCCGGGUCAUUGAGGUACACGAGCCUCCAAACCAUGACAAAGUUGUGGUCCUCUUGGAGGUUCAACUGCUCACUCAAGUAUAAUUUGUGUAGAAAUCAUACUUUCAAAAAAAUAUCCCCGUGGGACUUCAUGGAAAAUUAAUCAAUCUGAGGAUAUAGGAUAUAAAAUAUUUAUUUAAAACAAGUGGAUACAGAUAAAGCAGUGGUUGGCAAAACAAAUGCUGGCAAUCUGAAAUAAAAACAGAAAAUGCUGGGAACCUGAACAUAAUUACUAUCUGAUACAUUAAACCUAUCUUGUUUCAGUGAGGCUGAAAGAUUUGUGUAUUUAUCAUUUUCUGUUUUGUAUUGCAUAUAUCACAGUUAAUUACAAUAUUAUCUUUCAUUAUUUUCUUGUUCAUUGUUGAUUUCAACCCACUGCAUGAUGACACAGUACAUACUAAAAGUGAGCCUGUUUGGUGUUUUAACAUUUUCCAGGUUGAGGUCCAUGUUCACACAAGACGUACAAAAAUUAUAAGUUAUAGCUGAAGUGAAGAUGAUCACUGAAAAAGUUUUGAUUUUCUCUUUGUAACAUUUGAAUAGCGAUUCUUUAUGUAAACCAACAAUUUGAAAAUUUAGUGUGUUGGUUAAUCAAUUUUUUUUCUUCCUCUGGAAUUGAAAACCUCUGAUCCCUGUUCUGUUUGAUUAGCUGGUCCCAAUUUAGCACACCAGCAGAGCAAGACAUCCUGGUCUCCUGGCUAGGAAAGGUAGGUCUGGAUAAAUCC